UCUCAAACCCUUUAUUUUGAAAUGCAUCAUGACGUAAGCGGAAAAUAUAUGUGAGGCAACUUCCUGUUAAACCUCGUUUUCUUUCUAGCUGCGAUUCAUUGCGAGAUUAUAGUUAUGGCUCACGAAGGCUCUCUGGAGGAUUACCCCACCGAAAUUGCGGAAUACCUGACUGGUUUCCUGACUUCUUUAAACUCGGUCCAAAAUGUGAUCCAAACCCUCAUGUCUCUGUCGAAAGGAGACCACCUCAAGCUGGGCCCUCUUGAGCAAGCCAAACUCGAUUUACUUUCAGCAUAUGCCCUCAACUCCCUGUUCUGGAUGUACUUGGUAACACAAGGAGUGAAUCCCAAAGAUCAUGGAAUCAAACUGGAACUGGAGAGAAUCCGGACUUACAUGAACAGGAUAAAGGAGAUAACUGAUAAGAAAAAAGCAUCACGUCUGGACAAACAUGCAGCAUCUCGGUUUGUCAGGAAUGCACUAUGGGUUGGAGAGGACACCAAAGACAAAGAUGUUGUAGCACAGCAAGCCAAGCAAAGGAAACUGAGUUGAGGACCCAUACUGCUGGAACUGUACUUUGCACAUGCACAGAAUGUGUCUUUAUCAUUGAUGUGAUUUCUCUCAUCAUUGUGCCACUUUUUUUUUUCCAAAAGACAUCAAGUUGUAGGGUUAUUUGUUAACAUAUACAAAUAAAGGUUUAGAUAUACAUAAGUUGGUUCUUGAGAUGCUGCUUUACGUUGUUUGUUUUAUGAACAUAUGAAUAAAGAUGAAAUACAAGCUGUGA